AUGUAUGAAGCAAAAAAAACGCUUACUGCGUUGGGCCUUAGUUAUCAAAAAAUAGAUGCAUGCCCUAACGAUUGCUGCUUGUAUAGAAAAGAUCUGGCAGACAUCAGUAGGUGUCCUAAAUGUAACAUUUCGAGGUGGAAGACAAGUAAGAACUCAAAUGAAGAGAUUAAGGGAGUUGCAGCUAAACAGCUGUGGUAUUUUCCAAUUGUUCUGAGGUUCUUAAGGAUGUUCAAGAUCUCCGAAUAUGCAAAGCACUUGUGUUGGCAUGCAAAUGACAGGAAAGUAGACGGUGUGUUAAGGCAUCCAGCUGAUACUCCAUCUUGGAGGUUGGUAGACCAUUUGUGGCCAGAUUUUGGGUCCGAACCGAGAAACCUUCGCUUGGGGUUGUCCACAGAUGGCAUCAAUCCAUACGGAGAUUUAUCAACGAAAUAUAGUUGUUGGCCUGUGAUUGCUACAAUAUACAACCUUCCACCAUGGCUAUGUAUGAGGAGGAAGUAUUUGAUGUUAACUAUGUUAAUCUCGGGACCUAAGCAACCAGGAUACGACAUAAAUGUCUACCUAGCACCUUUGAUUGAUGAUCUCAAACUUAUGUGGGAAGAAGGUGUUCAGUGUUUUGAUGCACAUAGAAAUGAAAGAUUCACCCUGCGAGCUGUCUUACUGUGGACUAUCAAUGAUUUUCCUGCAUACGGGAACCUGUGUGGGUGUAGCGUGAAAGGGUAUAAGGCUUGUCCAAUAUGUGGGGAGGAAACUUCUUCUAUAAGACUACCACAUGGGAAGAAAAAUGCAUAUAUGGGACAUAGAAAAUACUUACCACGUCAUCACCCUUAUAGGAGACAAAAGAAAGCAUUUGAUGGUAAUCAUGAGCAUGGGACACCUCCUCUCCCUUUAUCAGGCGAGACAAUUUAUAAUAGACUUAAGGAUAAGACCUUUCCAUGCGGUAAAAGGUCUACUAGGAGGUUGAAUGAAGAUAUUUCGAACGACUACUGGAAGAGGAUUUCUGCAUUCUAUGAGUUAACGUACUGGAAAAAAUUACAUGUAAGACACUGUCUUGAUGUUAUGCAUAUUGAGAAGAAUGUAUUGAUGAAUAUAAUUGGUACACUGCUUGACAUACCAGGGAAGAGUAAGGAUGGAUUGAGUGCUAGACUUGAUUUGGUAGAAAUGAACAUUCGACCCGAAUUGGCCCCUAUGUCUGAUGGAAGUAGAACUUACAUACUUGCAGCAUGUUAUACAUUGUCAAGAGAGGAGAAAGUCUCUAUUUGCAGAACUUUGUCUGAUCUUAAGGCUCCAGAAGGUUAUUCGUCGAAUUUCAGAAGUUUGGUAUCUUUAGAGAACCUAACGCUCUCUGGUCUUAAAUCACAUGAUUGA